GCAGACUCUGGGUUUGAUCUCACCAGGCAGACAUUGAGGCUAUUUCCGGGGAGAGAUCACAGGAGACAGGAGAAAGAUGUUUGCACCGCCGGGCUAUCGAGCAAUGAGAUAUCAUGACCAUGUCCGGCGCCGGCACGAGGAAAGAGGCUUCCUUUAUGCUUGCCUUUUUGCGUUGUGCUGCUGUUUUUGCUGCUACGAGACUUGCGAGUGCUGCUUGGACGUUGUCUGCUGUUGCUGCCCUUAAAAUCAAUCAGAUCAAGUUAUGUUUUCUGCAUUCUAUUUUGGUAGGGGAAAAAAUAUGGUAAAUGUUUUCUGCAAUGUGCAGGGGAAACUUAUUUAUUUUCUCUUUUGGCAUCUAAUGUGUGAGGAGAUUUCCCUUUUUGUGGUUAGAUGAUCUCAAUCUGUAUGCCUUUUAGUCCUUUUUUCCUUUAUGAGAAUCAUAAUAGAGUCAGUGUUUUGCAGUUUGGUAUAAGUCCAAACUACAAAGUAGAAAUUAUUGAAUAAAAGGUUAGCCUCCAU